AUGCGGCUUGAUUUAGAGAAGGGCGUAUUCACGAUGGCUCCAUUUGCAAUCUCUACGAGUUUGAUGGGGCGGAGCAAUGGCACGCAAGGUGGUGGCAUGCAACGGUGGUGGCAUGCAAAAAAGUGCAACUUUCACUUGGAGAGAAAUCCUUUUUUGGCGGGAAGUGCUCCAGGGUUCAAGCAUCGCAUGCUGCUCACGGGAUUAAUUUGGAGUGUGUAA